GUUACUUCGGCAGGCUGUAGAUGGCGCAUCCACUGACUGCUCAACUACGCAUUUGACAGAGCCCAGUCCGGGCAGAGAGUUGAGGAGGCUGCGCACUGCAGUCGGGGAUAAAUUGAAGUAAAGUUAGUCGACUCUCAUCACUUUUUAUUUGUUUACGAGAACUGCAAUGCGAACGCUUAGUCAGACCUGGCAGUAAUAUUGAUAUCAAGGGCUACCAACUGGGUUGCGUGCUUGCAGAGAGAGAGAGAGAGAGAGAGACACACACGUCACGACAGUCUUAUUAACUCUACCUGUCACCGCGUCUACUCAAGAGGCAAUCGUCAUCAAUGAGGACACUAGGAAUGGCUGUGUUCAAGCAACAACGAGUGGAGGAUUUCUACGAAAUUGGAGAAGAACUUGGGAGUGGGCAGUUUGCCAUCGUGAAGCGGUGCAAGGAGAAGAGCACGGGCGUGGAUUACGCUGCCAAGUUCAUCAAGAAGCGCCUGAGCCGAGCGAGCCGCCGCGGGGUGCGCCGCGAGGAGAUCGAGCGCGAGGUCACCAUCCUGCAGCGGAUCCAGCACCCCAACAUCAUCACACUGCACGACAUCUACGAGAACCGCACCGACGUUGUGCUCAUCCUGGAGCUGGUGUCAGGGGGAGAGCUCUUUGACUUCCUGGCCCAGAAGGAGUCUCUCAGUGAGGAGGAGGCCACAGAGUUCCUCAAGCAGAUUCUAGACGGCGUUCAGUACCUCCACUCCAAACACAUCGCACACUUUGACCUCAAGCCUGAAAACAUCAUGCUGCUGAACAACAAGGUCCCUUUACCCCGGAUCAAACUGAUCGAUUUUGGCCUGGCGCACAAGAUAGAAGAUGAAGAGUUUAAAAAUAUUUUUGGGACCCCUGAAUUUGUUGCUCCAGAGAUAGUCAACUACGAGCCGCUGGGCUUAGAGGCAGACAUGUGGAGCAUAGGAGUCAUCACCUACAUCCUACUAAGCGGAGCUUCUCCGUUCCUGGGAGAGUCCAAACAGGAGACGCUGGCCAACAUCUCAGCCAUGAACUACGACUUUGACGAGGAGUUUUUUGGCAGCACCAGUGAACUGGCCAAGAGCUUCAUCAAACAGCUGCUGGUCAAGGACACCAGAAAGAGGAUGACCAUUCAGGAUGCUCUCAAUCACCCCUGGAUAAAGCCUGAGAACCCCAGACAGGCCCUGGUGCGCAGGCAGUCCGUGGUCAACCUGGAGAACUUCAGACGGCUGUAUGCCAGACGCAGGUGGAAGUUGUCUUUCAGGAUCGUGGCUCUCUGUAAUCACCUGACUCGGAUGAUGAGGAAGAGUCAGCCCAAACAGAAGGCAAGGCCUCUGCCUGGCAUUGUGGAGCGCACGGUGGCCAUGUUUGAGAGAGACUGUGAGAGUGACCAGGAGGAGGACGGCGUGUUCAGGAAGCCCAGGACUCGCAAGAGGAGCAGCACCUCCUGAAACACCUCCUCAAGACUCCCAGUGCUACAAGACAGCCCCAGAGUAUUUCAGCAAAACACACCUGAGCGUUUCAACCAUUCCAGAGUUCUGAGGUUUACAUGGCAACAGUGAAGAGCCUUGUGUGAACCGCUUAAUGCUCCAUACAUCCAUGCGCCCCACGUUUGAGUCCACACACAUUAUAAAGCCGUUUCAUGGUGGCACAAGGCGAUGUUUCAGGCAUGUUUGUCAAAUACAUAAAUACACAUGACAUACAUAAAGUUUGCAAUAGACAAACGGUUUGUUUGGAAUAAUGUUUAGUCCGCUUGAGAGAUGUAUUUUUUAAAGAGGUGCCUGUUUUGAGCUGAACAUGUACUUUAUGCUAGGAAUCUGUGUGUAUAAUAAGCAGGUCUUAAUAAGUGCCGAAAAAUAAUAAGUGCAGUCUGCUCUCUCAACAAGUGCCUUAACUCAUGGUGUGUGUGUGUGCUGAGGCAGCUGAAGCUUCUUCUGUCACACACCCACUGUGUCGGGCUCAGCUAAUACUUUGACUAUGUUGGGUUGCAUAUAAAUGUGAUAUUAUGUUCUUUCCAGGCCAUUCCUCACUCUUAUAUUCUUAUUUGGAUUGUGUAUGGGCUUCUUAAAGCCUCCGCCUCUACAUAAGAGAGUAUUUUUGUACUUAUAUGAACUUCUAUGCCUUGUGACUGAGAGUGCCAAUGCUAAUUUCAGACCAACCCCUCGCUGUUUCAGUUUGUUUCUUAACUAACCUCAGAGUAUAAAUGUAAAAAGUUAUUAAGCACAGUUAGCUUUUUGAAGGGCGGGCAGACAAUGUAAUGAAUAUCUGAGGUAACAUCUAACUAGCGUGGUUUACAACCCUUGUAAAUAUACUGAUCCCUAACUCAUUCCUGCAGUAGAUGCCACCAGAAUAUAAUUCAUCUUUUGAAACUGUGUUUACCAGCUCUGUUAAAUCGUUUAUCACUGUAGCCUCAACACAGGAGUGGCAUGAGUUACUCCCUCCACCUCUUCCUGGGAACCAUUAAGGCUUGGUUAGAACGAUUCCAAGAAAUACAUGGAACUACGUACAUGCUCCUGUGACGAAAUCCUCACAUAAAGACGCUUGUGUCUUAAGGUCAUACAAAUGUGCAUAUUUACAGUAGGCAUUUCAUUGACAUUUCCAAAGAACAAUUCAUUUUAUUUAUUUCAUUUAUUUUAGUUAAUUUUUUUCAUCUUUUAUUUCCUCAAAGGCAAUCGAAGGCCAAUUACUUAAGCUGUGGAAACUCCCAUUGGCUCCUCAUGAGGUGGAGAGAGAACUCGUGUUGUCUUUGACUGAAAUGAGUGUCAAUCCCAGUUAGUGCCAUGGUGUCACUCUUAGUGAGCGCUCCAGAGCAGGACUCGUGCUGUGUGUGUGUGUGUGCGUGUGUGUGUGAGGCUCGUGCUGUGUGAGCAGGUGUGUGUGAGGCUCGUGCUGUGUGAGCAGGUGGAGCUGCACACGGGCAGAUGGGUGGAAUUAUAUGUGAAUGUGUUCAUUUUUUUAAUUGUCUAAUAUUGUUUACGUGUGUAUCUGAUGUGUGUGCAUGCACACUUGUGAGUGUGUGUGUGUGUCUUUAUGUGCCGGUUCUAUGGACCGGAGAAUGUCUCUUAGUCUCUAUGUGUUGUUUACAUUGUGCUUGGGCUAUUUACCGUACUAACAUCCCUUCAUACUCUUCAUUCUAAUUCAAAUGCAGCUCAACCUCACCAUCUUCUGAGAUGUCUGAGUUGCUCCGAUGUCAGCCUACCGUUACCGUUUGUCUUACAGACGUGCUGACUGUUCAGAAUGUGUUUAAUGAGUUUGCCUUCUGUGUUUACUUCACUGUUCUAUAAAAUCCUUUUGUUUUGGACUAGAUUUGGAAAAGUAAUUGGAGAAAGAGAGAAAUAAAUAUUUAAUAUAUUUAUGAAUGUUGUUAUUUGUCACUAAAAAUGCACGGCUUAUUCUUAUAAUGUACUCUUGAUAUGUCAGAUUUCAUUUUUUAUUCAUUCAUUUAAUUAGUUAGAGGAUGAUUACUGAACUAUUCACUGUUACAAAAUUCACUCAUUGGAAGGGUGUAAUAAAAGUUUUAAAUAAAAA